UCCCGCCUUAACCCUAAAUUCUCCCGCCUCAACCCUAAAUUUUACCCCCUCUUAAAAAUCAUAGAAAUUCGCAAAUUAUUUCUUCCCCCAUUCUCCUCCCCUGUUCAAAGGCCAGAACCGCCAUCUCCGUCUUCCCAUCGUCACCUGCGCCCUCGCGCCCGCGCCCUCCCUCUCCUUCGACAUCGCCUCCCUAUUCGCCGUUCCUGUUCGCCGUCACGUCGUCCUCUUCGUCGUCCCUGUUGGCCGUCGCCCCUUCUCCUUCGACAUCUCCGUCGUCUUUAGGAGAUCAGUGUCACAUCUAACGGCCGAGAUCUCAUCUUCUAUUUCUUCGUCUGCAAGAAUUCCUCAUCCUCUCACCCGAAUCCCGAUUCUAGUUGUAGCGGGGCAAGUAAACAAAAGUAAAUAAAGCAAAAGCAAACUUUCCCCUCUCUCUGUUAUAAAUAUCUUCCCUCUCCUCUAUAAUUCUCUUCAAAAUUUUCUAACCUGAUCUCUUCUCAGUAAUUUCUCAUGGCAUCUAAUCAAGAGGAAGCCUCUUCUUCAGCCGAUCCGAAGGGGACGAAGAGAGAUUUUAGUACUGCGAUUUUGGAGAGGAAGAAGGCGGCGAAUCUUUUAGUGGUUGAUGAGGCUGUUAACGAUGACAAUUCUAUGGUUUCUCUAAAUCCUGAGACUAUGGAGAAGCUGCAGAUUUUUCGCGGAGAUACGAUACUGUUGAAGCAUUGCUCUAAUCCAUAUAGAAGAAUUGGCGAGCUCUACUCUCAGUGCUCCACCGUUGAGUACGCCCUAGAUCCCUCCGCUGUCGCCGCUAGCCUCCCGCAGUCGAAUGUGAUGGGGUCUUCUUUGGUGAAUCGGUUUCUGUUGCCUGCGUCAAAUUGUGAGUAUACACUGAAUGCUAGUUGUUGGAUGAGUUGCGCAGGUGUCGCUCUGAGCAUUGCAGCAGGAUUGCUGGGUUAUGAUGAGACGAGCGAGUAUGAGGACUACCCUAGAUAUGAUGGAGCGGAGAUGCCACAUUCUGAUGAUGAGGAAGAAGCUGAAGAAGGAGAAGAGGGCUUGAGUAAAUGUAUAGGGAAGGAGUUGAAGAAACUUCUGUAGUGUCAUAGCUAUUAUAAAUAAUUUAUGUAAAAGUUUGUAAACAAUUUAUGUAUCUCUCUACUAUUUUGGUGAA